GCCGAGCUCCGCCCCUUUGCGCGAACUCCCGCUGCCCGCCUGCUUUGCGAAGCCGCCGCUCAGAAGCCUUGCGCUUGGUGGCGAGGCGGGCGGGCGAGCGAGCGAGGGAGCGAGCACAUCCCCGAGGGAAGCAGCCAGGUCGGAGCCCGGGGUCGCUGGGCCGCUCUCCUCCCCUCUCUCCGCGUAUGGCUCUCGGCAACUAAGCGCGCUCGCUCCUCCCUCCUUCCCGGGAUCGCCCAGGCUAUCAUGCGCUCCUCUCGGUGGGCUCUCCAGGGCAGCUCGCCGGCCAAGUGAUCGGGUCCCUCCGCGGGGCGCUCGGCUGCCCCUUCCUUUUUAAUGCGCGGCUCUUUCGGCCGGCCGCCUCUCCCGCCGCCGCCGCCUCCCAGCCCGCCGGCUCCCUGGCUCUGCCCCCCGUGACGGAGAUGCGCGCGGCGGGGUGGUUCAAGCGGCGGGCGGCGGAGGCGGCUGCCGCCCGGCUGCUCAUCUGGCUCCUCUUGGGCGCCUGGGCUGUGGAGCUGCGCUGCGCCCUGGCCGACUUCACGCUGGAGAACGAGGUGCACUCGAGCUUCAUCCACCGGAGGCUCCGCAGCCAGGAGCGCCGGGAGAUGCAGCGGGAGAUCCUCUCCAUCCUGGGCUUGCCCCACCGGCCGAGGCCCCAUCUGCACGGCAAGCACAACUCGGCGCCCAUGUUCAUGCUGGACCUCUACAAUGCCAUGUCGGUGGAGGAGGAGGGCGCCGGAGGCAGCGACGGCGGGGAGGGCUACUCGUACCCCUACAAGCCCAUCUUCAGCACUCAGGGGCCGCCCCUGGCCAGCCUGCAGGACAGCAACUUCCUCACCGAGGCCGACAUGGUCAUGAGCUUCGUCAACAUGGUGGAGCAUGACAAAGAGUUCUAUCACCAGCGCAGCCAUCGCCGCGAGUUCCGGUUUGACCUCUCCAGAAUCCCCGAGGGUGAAACAGUGACGGCUGCUGAGUUUCGGAUUUACAAAGACUAUAUCCGAGAACGCUUUGAUAAUGAAACAUUCCAGAUCAGUGUCUACCAGGUCCUCCAGGAACACCCAGGAAGGGAUUCAGAUUUGUUCUUGCUCGACACUCGGACAAUUUGGGCCGCGGAAGAAGGCUGGCUAGUGUUUGAUAUUACAGCAACUAGUAAUCACUGGGUGGUCAACCCACAACACAACCUCGGAUUGCAGCUAUCAGUGGAAAGCAUAGAUGGGCAAAGCAUCAACCCCAAGUUAGCUGGUCUUAUUGGAAGACACGGCCCGCAAAACAAGCAGCCAUUCACCGUGGUUUUCUUCAAAGCCACAGAGGUGCAUCUCCGCAGCAUCCGUUCCACAGGAGGCAAACAGCGGAACCAGAACCGGUCGAAGACGCCAAAGAACCAAGAAGCCUUUCGGGUGUCAAACCUCGGAGGUAUGCGGGCAUUAGAAAACAGCAGCACUGACCAGAGACAAGCUUGCAAGAAACAUGAGCUCUAUGUCAGCUUCAGGGAUCUUGGCUGGCAGGACUGGAUCAUUGCUCCAGAAGGUUAUGCUGCAUAUUACUGCGAGGGCGAGUGUGCCUUUCCAUUGAACUCUUACAUGAAUGCAACAAACCAUGCUAUUGUACAAACACUGGUUCACUUUAUAAACCCAGAUACAGUGCCGAAGCCUUGCUGUGCCCCAACGCAGCUCAACGCCAUCUCCGUCCUCUAUUUUGACGACAGCUCCAAUGUCAUUCUGAAGAAAUACCGGAACAUGGUGGUACGAGCCUGUGGCUGCCAUUAAACAUUCAAAUCAGGAAAGCCGCAUGCAGCUUGCAGAACGUGUGGGUUGUGUGUGAUGUUGUCUUAUAACAUGUGCUGUUAGAAAGAAAAGAAACCCUUCUUUGAAAACAUGCCGCAGUUCUUAGGAAUACCGUUUCUGAAGUGGCCAAAGAAAAGAAACGUAGACAGAAGCGGCACCUUGAACAGUUCUGGCUUCCAAAUAAGCAUCAUUCUGCAAACUGAUGCACAAGGAAAACAAGGACCGAGGAUCAGUUUUGUAAACAGGUCCGUACUUCUGUAAGGCAAGCAAAACUUGUCCAAAAGUGCUUUGUCAAGGGGGAAAUGAACCUUUUUAAACAACAACUAAAAGCCAUCUGUAGUGAGAAACAUGCUUGUGUGUGUGAUUGUGUGUCUGUUGUGUGUGGGGAGGGCGCAGGUUUGUAAAAGUUACUUUUAGAGGAAUGAAUUGUUUGAACUGAAAUGAGUGAAUUCAGCUGCCUGAAUGAAAAAGUGAUUCUGUUAAAAUUACUGUGGGUGUGUAAAUCCUGACUUUUUAUUUUCAUGUAUCUUUUCUAUCUUCCCAUAACAUUUUACAUAUUUGGAACAUUUCACCACCAAAGCGGUACUGCAAUUCUUGCAAAGCAGAUCCCAAUUGUUGGUGUGUGUAUGUGUGUGUGUGUGUGUGAGAGAGAGAGAGAGAGAGAGAGAGAUUCACAGCUGUGCAUCAUGUUCCCCAAUCAAAAGCACAGCCAGCAAUAGAAAUCUAGGAAUGGUUGUGGCUUAUUUCUACAUCAUGUUCCCAUCCUAACACACCGACAGCCAUAUAAACUGCACACGUAUCUGAUUCACUGUCAUGUAUCUCCAGUGCAGUUGACUUAAUUGUGUGACACCUUGCACAAUUAAGCCACUACAGAAUUCCUAUUUUUAUAUUUUAAAAAUUUGCUGUAAACCAACAAUAAAAUCUGCAAAACUGG